UUCCCUACUGGCCUACUGCUGCUGCGGUAGAAAGCAGACACGACCAUCUCCAACCUUUGUUAACAAAACUGCCUGCCGACAUCCUCUCGACAUCUCAACUGCCGUUGCGCACCUAUCUCUUCGCGCCGACUCUUAUACCGAUUUUCCACACACACACACAAGAUGCCUAUCAGCUUCAACUCGCCGCGGCCCUUCUCGGCCACCUCCCAAGUCCACCCGAGCUACCUCCCCGCCCUACACAAGUCUGUGCGGCUCGAGAGGAGAAUCGCCACAGCCACCGUCGUGGCCAUAGGGAUCGGGUACGGCCUGGCCAGAUACAACGCCGGGCAGUGGCGGGAGCACCAGGCCCAGCCGGGCCAGCUCCCGGUCGCGCAGGUGUCCCCCGUCGCGGUCGAGGCCCGCCGCCAGAACGAGGCCCUCGAAGCCGCCUACGGCGACCGCUCGAGCCUGGCCGAGCUCGAGGCCGCCGUCGCCGCCUACGAGACGCGCCGGAGGCAGGCGUAGCGCGGCGUAGCUCGCCCCCGCCCCCACUGCGCCGCGCUCUGCGAGGCGGCGUGGCCGGUUCGGC